UGAGUUUUGCCAUUGACUGAGAAUCUAAAGCUCUUAAGCAAACACUACCUUUAAUAUAACCAACCCUCUUCAGUAUUAAACUGUGGUUCAAACUUUGAAAGUGCGAAACCAAACUCAAGCUUAGAAUUCUUUAUGCUCAUUUGUGAUUUGAAUUGUUCUAAUUAUCAAUGAAGUUACGUAGAAAAAUUUCUAUCUAGAUUUUUUGCCGUAUUCGUAUUUACGUCGGCAUGCGGUUCCUCGGCAUCCAGAGAUCCGACAGUCUAGUGUCCUCCGAGGAGGCGACUCCUAGCGAUACUCCGGAUGAAACCAUCAAUGAAAUUGUAGAGGUCAUUCGGGACAUCCAAAAGCUGAAUGCUCACUUCGAGUGCGAGUUGGGACGUCUGAAGCGGAAGAAACAGAGAGAGAGGCGGGACAGGGUAGGGUGGCUGGGCUGGAUGGAGAUGAUGCACAUACCUAGAUUCAUAGUUCGCUUCCUAUUUCCCAUUUGCGCUGCUUGGCAGAGUCUUGUCUUGUUGAUCAUUACUCUGGUGGAGACUUCUGUCUUCCACGAAGACCACGCCAACAAAAACUCAGACGACACUGUGACGAAGGUGCUGAUGAUGCUGUUCCAGGGACUCAAUUUAAUAUUUAUUGUGAUCACUUCAGUGAAGUUGUACAAGCAGUUCAUGCAUCACACAGCCACCGGACUGUUCCUUCUUCAGUCCUAUAUGGCCACCACCCUCCUCUUUGCAGGUGUCUACACCACUCUCGAGAUGAUGACAGCACCUGCCAAAGACGAUAUCCGUGCAUUCACCGGGUUCCACGGCAUCGACUCCUACUCGAACUCGAGUGAACUGUGGACUGCCGACGUCUUCCUCCAACUCACAUUCUACUCCAUUUCAAGUGCCACCCUCUGCGGAUCCUCUGGAGUUCAUCCUGUCCAAUGGUACUCAUACCUCGUGUCCAGUAUUGAGAUACUGAUGAGUUUUCUGUAUUUCUCCGCCAUUAUGGGCCAGUUUCUUCACAACCGACAAGAAGACAUGCUCUCUUAUGACCCAAUAAGUAACUUCCAAGUUGCCGAAACCAUCAAACACGAGAUCCGAAAACACAGCCAAUCCAGCAAAGAAAUCCGAAACCCGGUCGGACUUAACAACGAGAUCCUCUCGGAGUCUCAAACCGAAGAAGCGAAUGACGUCUUGACAUCGUUAGAUCUUUCAAACAGAAGAACAAACAGUCGUCAAACGGCAACGCAUGCGCCGAGAAACAGUAUAUCAAACUCGACCAGUCCGAACUCAAACAGUCGGCAAAAACCGACUCGAGUCGGCAAUUUCCGAAGACACUCGGAAAACGCGCUCUUGUCCAUCAACGGCGGAGACUGGUCCGGACAGUUUCUCACCGGAAAUUCGAUAAAUCAAAGCGCUCAUUUAGACGAUAAAUUGAGAGCAAUCAGAAUUCAAGUUUCUUCUUUGAUUGGUAUGCUCAAAGAAGACUAGAGCAAGGGAAAAAAUCAAUGCCGCCGAGUUUCGAAGAACAAUUUAUAAAUGCUGAUGUUUAUCAAAUUAGCUUUAGUGGUAAAUUAUCUCAUGAAGACUGAUAUAUGUUGUGAGAAAUAGUAGUGUAGUCAAACUGUUUUCAUGAGCUAAACAACAGUGUUGGUUUCAAGGCCGGUUGUA